AUGGGAGGAGACCAGCCGAAAAAUAAAUUAAUAAGAAGCCAUCAUAAAGUUUCAAGAAGUAGAAAGAAAUGCGAAAAAGAUGAGAAUAAGGAGAAGGUGAAAGCAGCAAAAAUCCCUUCGGAGAUUAAAAAGAUUGAAAAAUCAACAGAAAAGAGUCCAAAAGUUGUGAAAAUCUCUAACUCCCCCCCCUCCGUGAGUGAACAAAAAAAUUUUGUUCACUCACGGAGGGGGGGUUAAUAUUUUUUUUUAGAAAAAUUUAUAUAUAAAUUUAUAAAAAAAAUAUUUUUUUCGAAAUUUAAAAAAAAUCCUAAUUCGUAAAAAUUGGAAAGCAAAUAUUAAUUUAAUUUAUAAAAUUUAUGUUUUAAAAAAGCAAUUCGUUCAAAAUUAAAUAGAACUAGCUCUAGAUUUCAUUAUACUAAUUAUCAUUUAUAUAUCAAUUUUUUUUUUCCAUCAAAAAAUAUUUCUAUUAAAAAAAAUUUUUGUUCACUCACGGAGGGUGGGUUUUUGGUCAAAAAAUAGCGAUUUUUCUAAUGGUUUUGUUCACUCACGGAGGGGGGGGGAGUAAGGAUAAAAUUAAACACAAGCACAAAAAUCCUGAGCCAUCAUUCGAUGAUCCUUUAAGGGCAUUUUAUGAAAGUUUAUUACAACAAAACCCAAAUAGCCAAAUGGCAAGAAAAUAUUGCAUUGAGCAUGGAAUUUUAAAGGAGUAA